AUGAGCUCUUUUGUGUCAAGGUAUAGUCUCGGAAAAUAACAAAAUGAUUGAAAAUGUCUUAAGACCAAGUUUUCUAGAUUAGAUGAUAUUAUUAAUAUUAAUGAAAAGGAUAUAGAUCUAGUCUAGUAAAAUCUAGCUAGAUCUAGUUCUACUCCCAAGCGAGAGUAGAAAACAUGGAUCAUAUAACGGAAAGUGAUGUCAGAAUUGUCAAAGUCGUACCUAAUCCAAGUGAGCUUCAAAUAUCCAACAGACAAAAUCAAGGUUCUAUCAAAUGUUCAGAGUAUGGCUGUUCCUAUGUUGCCCAAAGCCCCUCAUUACUAGGCUGGCAUAAAACAAAAAUUCAUAAAACAAGAACUGCCCAUGAAAAAAACACAGAGUACCAAUACCAUUGCCCUGUGCCUGAAUGUGUUUUUAAUUCACAGUCUUUCAGAUAUUUUAAAAGUCUGGACAUUGUUAGGACGCAUUACAUGAAGCUGCAUUCGCCUAAACAGUUUCAGUGUCUCCAGUGCAGCAAAACAUUUGGCUUGGAGAGGGACUUCCAGCGGCAUACCAAAGAGUGUGGACAAACAUUUACCUGCAUAGAUUGUGGUAAAAACUACUACAACAAAGCUGCACUAAUUAAGCAUUGUGACUACAACAGACAUAAAAGACCAAAUUUCAAUGUUGGGGAUAAAGUUGCAAAGGAAAAGUGUCUUCCAAAGAAAGUGAAUAAGUUGAAGUUGUCUCCCUCUUAUCAAAAGUCUCCAGCAUUUAUUUUACCUAAGCCACUCCCCGUUGUUUUAACAAUACCAGCCCUGAACCACUGCAGUUUAGAAAUACAAACAGAAAGUAUAGCUGCACAGUUCUAUGUCAGUAAAAUGUCUUCCCAGCAUUCAGUCUCUCAGUCAGUUCAAACCAACUCUAUCAGUACCAGCACCAAGACAGCGGGCAUACAGACCAAUGCUCAAACUAGAACAUUGUCUAUUGCUUUGCAAACCAUGGGGACGAAACCAGCAGAAAAUGUCUGUGCAGUCCAGACUCAAACUGGAGACUCCAUUCUUCAGGGUGCUAUGAUGGUGGCAAGCAUUCCUGUUUUGAAGCUUAGUAAAUCCACUCAGAAGUCAGGCUCUAAGAGAACAAGAGAAAGAAAACCAAAAAAUAAACCCAGACAGUCACAGGGUACGAUUGCCAACUUUGACAGUGCAUCUUCAAAAGUUACCAAAGCAAGAGAGAAGAAGAGUGAACUAGAAGAUUAUGUGGGCUCGAUGGCCACUCAAACAAACCUGAGCUGCAUCCCACAAGAUUUAUUAAGUCAGUUUACUGAUUGCCACACGCAAACUAACACUUAUAGUUAUCUCAUUUCUCAGCGCCAGGUCAAUAGGCCUACUGACCAAGUGACCCAGACUAAAAUGUAUGACUCCAGCAUGGACCAGGUUACUCAAACAGCUAACAACAUCAGCUUCUUGGAAAAAAAUGGUGUUGGGCAUGUUCCAUUUCAAGACAUUCAGACCCAGACUGUGCAAGAGCUAUCUGACAUGGAAGAAAGCUGCCGAGAAUCUGUACUAACUCCAGACCAAUUACUAAUGAGUCUGUUGGAGGAAUCAAGUCAAAACACUUUGCCGUCUCCAGAUUGUAUACAGAAUAAUGAAACACAUCGAUCUGUCUCAAUCAUUGAGCCAGAGUUAACGACAGCCCACAUUAAUGAGAAUUCUCAGCCUAUUACUUCAGACGAUAACCUUGAAGUGUUGAGUCCUUAUGACCAGACUAAUCUAUUGUCACAGCUGCUUAACAGUGUACAGUGGGAAUCCUCAGCUGCAUUAUCUAGCAGUUGCUAUGCCAACAAUGCUGUCUCCAUGGAGACUCAGACCUUUGAAAGCCUGGCCAUGGAUUCAAUGACUCAGACAAUUGAAGAUCUGGCCUGGGACAUAGGCACUCAGACAGUAGAGGAUAUUGUGUCUGACACUAUGACCCAAACUGGAGAUGACCUGUUAGAAUAUCUUACCAGUGAUACCCAGACUCAGACUUUGGAUGAGUUCUUUGAUCAGUUGACAUAUCCAUCUGAUAUCUGUAACAGUGUAACAAAAUCACUAAAUACUUCACUGAGUAGUAUAUUUGAGAACCAAGACAGCUCUCCAAAAAACAACCCAGAUAUCACGCUAGGGGACAAUGUGGGCACACAAACAAUCUGGGACACCCAGCCCAUAGAACUACAUGAUAUUUGUGUUGAACCCUGGAGAAGUCCAUCUAGUUGUGCUGAAGACGAUACCCUAACCCUGAGCCCACAAUUAGAUUGCAUGCUAGGCUCUAGUCCUCAAGCCUUUCUUAAAGAAACUGAACAUUCAGAAACACAAACUCUAUUUGAUCCAUUUUUUACUUUGCAUGAAAGUCUGGCAAAUCAUCGAAGAAACUUUGAAUCGUCACAUACUCAAACAAACUUUGACAUUGACCCUGUCUUACCUUCAAUAGCUCUUGAUCUAGACGCUUUGCAAUGCUCCCCACAAAAUGUCAGAAUGGAAACGUCAGAAACUCAGACUGCUUUUGAUCUGGAUUUGUCAAUAACAAGAGAAUGUCAGACCCCUUGGGAUGAUUUUAUAACAACAGAGUCCUCUGAAACACAGACUCUAGAGACAGAUUUGACAUUUCUCUGAAAUUUGAGAAUAUUUAUUUAUUUUUUUUUUACUGAAUCUCAGAACAAAAAUAGACCAACGUAUAGAUCUGAAAUAUUUUGUACAAUUUUUGCAGUACCUGUGUAUAUUAUUUUACAUUGACCAGUAUGGUGCAGUAUUUGUGAAUAUAAUGCUCUUAAUUUUAAAGAUGGAUAUUUUACUGUUGUUUUUUAGUGCUUGUAUUCCUUUUCCCUCCUAUGUUAUAACUUUUGUUUUAGCACAACAGUUAUUAUUAUAUACUGGUAUUAGGCAUGAGCACUGUUACAUUUUCAUUCUAUUAGUUUCAUUGACUUAUAUAAAGAUGUAUGGUAUUAAAGUCUGCAAUCUGAGCAUUAAAAAUAUAAAUAAACUUCACAAAAUCCUAAAUGCUGCUGGUAUAGUAAUGGGCAAAAAAACAAACCCCGUUUGGGCAGUUGUUUGAGACAAACAUCCUUAAAAAAGCUAAAAAGAAAAAUCCCCCUUUGGGCUAGGAUUUUGUGAUUUUACCAUCACAAAAAAGACACAAGACACCGAUAGCAAAGACAAAGAGACACAAAAACUCUUCUGUUCCCCUGGCAAUCAAAUUAUUAAAUAGAAACAAUCUGAUAUAACCUUUUCAAAUGUAAAUUAUGAGUGAGUCUGGUGUGAAUGUACAUUUUGUUUUUUUAUAGUUAUAAUGUUUUGUUUGGUGUAAUGCACAAAUUGUAAGACAAAUUUCCUUACGGACAAUAAAGAUUAUUAUUAUUAUAGUUCCUUUUUCAGAGAAGGAAAUUUAGGUUAGAUAUUAACAUCUUUGUAAAAAAGUCUCUACCUGUUUUUAUGAUUUGAUCAAAUACUUUGGAAUUUGUCAAUAUUUCCCCUAAGCUAAUUAUGUAGUCAACUGAUUUGCUUUAUUUAGUGAUACAGGGAAAACAUGACAAGCAUAGAGCCCAGAUUCUUUCUGUGUAAUAACACAUUGUAUUAAAAUUUCAGAAAGAUCAUUUCAUUAAUUAAUUAAUUUAAAAAUUGUAUUUAAUCAUGGGCCACAGAAACAGAUGAUCUUGACAUCAUCUGUUCUAUAUAUUGCAAGGUCUGAAAGGUGUUUACUUUUUUUUUUAUUAUUAUUAUUUGUAUCCCUUAAGCCCAGUGUUCCAUCUAUGGGAUUCUGGGGAACUAACAGUCAUAUUGUAUUUUUCUUAUUUAUAUAUAUUAUUUAUUAUCAGUAUCUGGUACAAUCCUUUUAGGUAACAGAUGUAGUACAUAAAGACUUUUAAAAGAAACAGUGAAAAAGCAAGAAAUAAUUGCUACCACUUAUUUUUUGUUGUUGUGAUAUUUAUCAUAUAUAUAUUACCGGUACUGUUGUAAGUUGUACAUUUUACAAUGUAAUAUGUAAGACAAACUGUGGUAUGAACAUGUUUGUGUACUUAAACAGUGUAUUUUUAUGUGUAAUACACAAUUGUAAAACCAAUUCCCUCAUCGAUAUUAAAGAUUUUUUAUUUUUAUUUUGAUGAAAUUAUGUAAAAAUAAAAAAUGAAUGUUUUGUUUACUAUACUAUUUGAACAUGAAGUAGAAAUAGAAUUUUCUUAAAUUAUUUCUAGUUAUUUGAUCCCACAACACUCCUAAGAAUGUUUGAUCUGCUAAAUAAUCAUAAAUUAGAGAAAUAUUAAUGAUCAGGAUGUCAUUUUAAUGGUGCCAAGUUUGUCCUGAAAGAGGGUUAGAAUGUAAUAAUCUUCAAUACCGAAGGAACAUCCAA